UGUUGUAAUUAUAUCGAUAGUAUUGUAAUUAAACUUUUGUGUAAUAUUAUUAUUUCUCAAUAUAUAUAAUUUAUACUUUACAAUUUUAUAAUUUUCUUUAUUUAAAAAUUAAAUUCCGAGAGUUCAUUGUAUUAUUUUAGUUGCAAAUUUGUUAGUACUUAAUGAUACGCAUAUAAAUAAAAGAUAUUCAUGGUUUUUAAUUCAACAAAAUGAUAUUAAAAACAUAAAAACUCAUGUAGGGGAUUCUGUGCGUUAUGUUGGCUAAAGUAUGUACGGUUACUUUAAAAUACUAACUUAAGCAUUUGAAAUGUCAGUUAAAAAACAGAAAGAGUGAAUAUAAUUUUUGUGCAAUGUGUUCAAAUAACUUUGAAAAACUUAUAAUUCAAGCUCGAUAUCUUGAUGAUGGUAUUGAAAAAUUAAUUACAACGUGGAAACUUCCGCAUGUUUUAGUUGGGCGUUUCACGGAAUGUACCGCUGAAACAAAUUGUUAUAUCGACGCUAUAUGGAAUAUUAUAAAAAAUACAGAGAAUGGAGUUGAACAAAUUUUAUCAGAUAUGAAAAACUGCAAGUUGGACAAUUCAUUGGAAGAAUUAUUCCAAGAAAGCAAGGCAGAAUAUGAAACUUUAAAAGAGCAGUGUGAUAAUUUGGAUAUUGUUCUUGCAGAGUAUGGUUAUCAGUAUAAUGAAAGUAAUGUUUCAGAUGAAACAAAUAUUAACAGUACAACAAACUCUGAUCACAAUUCAGUUAAGGAAACAGAAAAUUUAGAAGUGGAAUUUACUCCUAAUCUUAGUUGGAAGUAUAAAUUAAAACAAAAUGUGCCUUUAAGUAAUAAUAUGACAUCUGUUUCUAAUGACAGUUCUAUUAUACAUAAAGAUUAUUUAUGCACUCCAGGAAGAGAACGUCCACAAGAACCAAUUUAUUCUAGGCAUUUUUAUGAUAUAUUGAAAAAAUGAAAUUUUUCAAAUUGUAAAAUUUAAAUAAUAAUCACAUAUAUAUUUUUAUACUUUUUGUAAAUUUAGUCACUAAAAUCAAAAUUAAAUCAUUUGAAAAAAGUUUUGUUUUUAUAUGUCAUAUCUCACGUUUCAAAUAACCUCAAAAUGUAUGAGUACAAUCUUUAACCUAGUAGUUAUUCAUAACUAUGUUGUAACAUAAAAGUAAAAUGAAGAUAAAGCUUAAUUAAAAUAAAAUUGAAUUUUAAUUAAUAUUUAAU